CUGAUACAUUUUUGUCUAUUUACACCUAAAAACGUUAACAUUUUAAUUUGGUGACUUGUCAUACGUUUCCGUUCCUAGUUUUGUGGGGAAUGGCAAUGCGCAUGUGCAGGCCUGGGUUUCCUGGCUCGCCGGUUUCCGCCAUUUUCUGCCUUUUACCAGAGAAAGAAAUUCGCUGGAGUCAGUUUGUACAGCACCAAAGUACGCAGGGGUUGCACAGUAAUAACAGGCCGGUAUACCAGAACAUGGAUGACGACAGCUACCCCAAGACCCUCUAUGUAGGUAACCUGUCCAGAGACGUGACAGAAGUCUUAAUUCUUCAGUUGUUUAGUCAGAUUGGACCAUGCAAGAGCUGUAAAAUGAUUACAGAGCAACCAGAUAGCAGAAGGGUCAACGCUACUGUUGGAUUUUCUGUUUUGCAGCAAACAAGCAAUGAUCCCUAUUGCUUUGUGGAGUUCUACGAACACAGGGAUGCUGCUGCUGCACUGGCGGCAAUGAAUGGCAGGAAGAUAAUGGGAAAGGAGGUCAAGGUAAAUUGGGCAACAACUCCAAGUAGCCAGAAGAAAGACACGUCCAAUCACUUCCAUGUCUUUGUGGGAGAUUUGAGCCCGGAGAUAACUACAGAAGAUAUCAAAGCUGCUUUUGCUCCUUUUGGUAAAAUCUCGGAUGCUCGUGUUGUGAAGGACAUGACAACAGGGAAAUCAAAGGGCUAUGGAUUUGUGUCUUUCUACAACAAACUGGAUGCAGAAAAUGCAAUUGUACACAUGGGUGGACAGUGGUUGGGAGGUCGACAGAUUCGGACUAACUGGGCUACUCGUAAGCCACCUGCACCAAAGAAUGUCCAAGAAAACAGCUCUAAGCAAUUGAGAUUUGAAGAUGUUGUGAAUCAGUCGAGCCCCCAGAAUUGCACUGUCUACUGUGGAGGCAUUCAGUCAGGAUUAACAGAGCAACUAAUGCGUCAGACUUUCUCACCAUUUGGACAAAUAAUGGAAAUCCGAGUUUUCCCUGAAAAAGGGUAUUCAUUUAUCAGGUUUUCUUCACAUGAAAGUGCAGCUCAUGCCAUUGUUUCAGUUAACGGGACUAGCAUUGAAGGCCACGUUGUGAAGUGUUAUUGGGGUAAAGAAUCACCCGACAUGACAAAAAACUUUCCACAGAUGGAGUAUGGCCAGUGGGGGCAGUGGAGUCAGAUGUAUGGAAACCCACAGCAGUAUGGACAGUACAUGGCUAAUGGCUGGCAGAUGCAAUCGUAUGGCAUGUAUGGCCAGGCAUGGAAUCAACAAGGUUUUGGUGUUGAGGAUUCGCUGUUGGCGGCGGCAGCACAGAACAUAUCAAGGCAGUCUCAAUCCCCAGCCUGGGUGGGAGGUUUUGGUGCUCAGCCGGCGCAAGGACAGGGGGCUCCUGCUGUAAUGCCAAACCAAGCGGGCUUUGGGAUGGCAGGUUAUCAGACACAGUGAGCUGGAACUCUCCAUAAAUAUACUUGUUAAAAAAAAUCAGUUAAAUAAGGUUCAACCUUUAAUUUGAGAAUGUAAAGAGACGAGCAUGUUUACACCUGGAAAGUAGAAUAUUUAUUUUAAAUCUGAAAACUAGCUUUUGGUGGAGAAAAGAAAUGUCUCUAGAUUUUGUUUUUUUUAAAGGGGGCGGGGUGGGAUUUUUUAUUUUUUUUUGCUUUUCUCUCGGAGAGUACAUUGUUUUCAUGUGUAAGAAAGAAAAAAAAAAUAGUUGACAAAGGACUUUUUGAAAUUCUUCUCUGAAUUUUCACGCUACGAUGCAGUAGAGCAGAAACCGCAACCUAAAUUGGACAAUCUUUAGUUUAUCAUUCUACAUUGCUGGCAACAAAGAUGCACAUUGUAAAGGGAUUUUCAAAAUAUACAAUAUGUAUGUCAUCACUGUAAAGGGUGUUUUGCAAAAGGUAGUGUUUUAAAUUCAUUUUAAAUUUCGAUUUUUAACCUGUGGACCAAUUCCUGCUGAAAUGUAUUAUUCUUCUGGCUCUAAAUGGCCUUUCACCGCAUCUUAUGAAUUUCUAGUGUAUAAAAACCGUAAAAAAUUGUUUACAGAUUCACUAGCAUAUAGAACUGGUGACGUCUAAAUCUUGCUUGUUAUGUGAAGUGCUUGAUUGGAAACAGUCUGCUAAGUUAUUGUAAAUCCUGUUUAGUUUGCAGGGGCCAGAAGUCCAAAAGCUUGUAUAUCAAACUGCAAUUAUUUUUUGGAACUUUUGGAAUUUCAGUUUACUAUUGUUCUGUUGCAUACAUGCAGCAAUAUAUAUAUAAAUAUAUUUUUAAAUUAAGCUUUUACCCUAGCUAUAUUUACAUAUAUUCUUUAUCACCAAGCUUGUUUCUUUUGCAGCCUCUUUCUUCUAGUAAAUCCCCUUUCUUUGAUGCUGUAAUAUAAAUAUGGCAUAUACAUAAUUUCUUGCACAAACAUGUAAUAGGUAAUCGGGGUUGAAUGCUACACGUGUAAAUAAACUUUGAUAACUUAGUACCAAUAGUUUUUAAAGCAUGCUUU